AUGGACAACUUAUUAGCUGCCAUCGCAAUAUUGAUCCAAACUCAACAAGGAUUGACGAAUGCUCUCAAUAUAGGAGGGAAUGCAAAUACCAAUGCGAAUGUAGCACAACUUGUCUUUAAUAAUAAUAACAACAUGCCAAAGAUUAGAAGGCCCUCCACUACCACCCCCAACAAACCACAAAGAUAUACAAACAAACUGGAAAAAGAGAAUAGCGGACCUGUACCAAUGGAAUUAGACUAUGCCAGAAGCUCUUCAA